UUUCGGUGUGCCUACGUGAAACUCUCCAUUUUUCUUUGAUCUUAUUCGCGCGGGAUUUUCUUCGAUGUUCAGUGCUGUUGAGGGAGGGGGUAGGGGAGGGAUUCGGUAGUGAAGCUCGUCCCCUCUGUCGGCGUAGUUCCGUUUUCUGUUGUGUGCGUCGCGUCGCGGCAAGUGUUACCUAGACGUAGUAUCGUCUGUGUGUGUGUGUGUGUCUGCGUCUCCUUCUCAAUCUUCCUACCAGGAUUAUUUGGACUAAUAUUUCUACACUAUUCUUAGCAGUCGGGUAUUUGGUCAUAUCUUCCUUUGAUGUGUGUACGUAUACCUUGGCGUGGUCUGGAUUCAGUGCGCAGUGCGAUUCUAGUGAAGGUGUGGUGUCGUGAGUGCUUACAGCUUGGCGUCGGGCAAUUGGAUAACUCUCUUCUGGAUUGAUAGCUGCGAGACUCUCAUAAGGAUUGAUAGCUGCGAGACUCUAAUAAGGAUGGGCGAGAGGCGUGACGGCGAAAUUGUGACGUCACGUCGGCGGUCAUGAGGGAUGACGUCAUGGUGGUUAUGUCCCUUUUGACGUCGCCGUGCGACUCUCACGUCGCAGGCUCCAAGGGACUCCUCAACGGCCCGGGGCAGAACAACUGCUUCCUCAACAGCGCUGUCCAGGUGCUAUGGCAUCUCGACAUUUUUCGUCGCAGCUUUCGCGAGCUUUCCGGCCACACCUGCAUGGCCGAAUCGUGCAUUUUCUGCGCUCUUAAGGAAUUGUUUUCUCAGCUGCAAUCCAGCCAUGAAAAUGCUCUCCCACCGGACGCGCUUCGCCGCGCUCUGGCCGAAUCUUUUUUCGACCAGCAGCGAUUUCAGCUCGGCUUCAUGGACGACGCUGCAGAAUGCUUCGAGAACAUGUUGCUGCGAAUCCACUACCAUUUGGCGUGCAACGAGUCCGAAGACAUGUGCCGCGCUCUUCACUGCAUCCCGCACCGCAAGUUCGCCAUGACCCUCGUCGAACAGAGCGUGUGCGGGUCCUGCGGCGCCACCUCUGAGCCCCUCCCAUUUACUCAGAUGGUACACUAUGUAUCUGCCUCAGCUCUGACAGCCCAAGCAAAACAAACAGCAAUGCCUUCCCAUCCAGAUCUUUUUGGCCAGCUCCUAAAGAAGGCUGGCGGUAUGGGAGACAUCAGAGACUGUCCGAGUGCAUGUGGUGCCAAAAUCCAGAUUCAGCGGACGCUCAUGAACAAACCAGAAAUUGUGUCCGUUGGAGUUGUUUGGGAUUCAGACCGACCCUCUUUAGAACAUAUCAUGGCAGUUUUAGGAACUCUCCGUACGUCUUUGCGGCUGUCGGAUGUUUUCAAUGGCUGUGAUGCACCGGGCAGUCCACAGCAUGAACUCGUUGGAGUUGUUACGUACUAUGGAAAGCACUAUUCAACUUUCUUCUUCCACACAAAAUUGCGAGUCUGGAUAUAUUUUGAUGAUGCAACUGUACGCGAGGUUGGCCCUCGAUGGGAGCAGGUUGUCGAGAAGUGCAGAAGAGGGAGGUAUCAGCCACUCUUACUUCUCUUCGCUGUACCGGAAGGUACUCCAUUAGACACGACAAAUGCUCCCAAAACCAUUACCAGAGCACAAAAUAAACCAAUGAACGGUUUCAUGCGCAGUUCAUUGUGCAAACCACUCCAGCCUGGAAUGGUUCCCAAUUUAAAUUCGCCAACAAUCAUUGGUGGAAGAAGAUCUCUCACUCCAAGCCCAGAGAAACCGAAUGGAAUGAACGGCAUGAAUCAGAGAAGAGCUGUUACUCCCAACCCAGAUCAAACACAAGACAAGCCUAAAAUCAUGAAUGAUUAUCAGAACUUGUCUCUCAUCCAAGUUUCAAUCAACAAGCCCCCAGACAGUCCUACAAGAUGUAGUUUAAACAGUUACGGAAUGCAGUCUCCAGCUCACAAAAGGAACGAGAUAGUGCGCAGAGACUCAGGAAAUUGGAGUGGGGACCGAAACAGCGCGUCUUCCUCCUCCUCAACUUCAUUGGAAAAUCCUUAUUUGUACAUCGUCAAUAAAAUGCAGCUCCGAGGCUCGAAUGGUGUGCCAAGAAGUCCUACAAGUAUAAAACCAGGAGAGCUAUCAAGCUCCAGCACUGGAAGCGGCGGAGUUUGUGAUCCUGGUUACGACUCGUACUCUCUCUCUUCAACUGAUAGUCUUCCUCUGCAACAAAGUCUCAAGCACAAUUUACAGCUUGCACAAAUUCCAGAGGGACAUCAAACACCUAUCAAUGGGGUUGGAGCGUAUGCAAAUGGUCUCCCUAACUCUAUAGAUGACUGUGAGCGACUAUGUGCAGAAGCCGAUCAACUGCUUGGUCGCUCUGAAGAAGCUCCAGAUCUAGAAACUGCAUUAUCUUUGGCGAAUGCUGCCGCUGGAAAAGCGCGCGCUGCCAUGGACGCCCCAUACAGUAACCCCCAGACUGCAAGUUUUGCCAGAAUGAAACAUAAUUCCUGCAUUAUGAGAGCACGCAGCCUUCACAGAAAGUUGGAAGAGCCUUUGAAUACCAAACAUGGAGAAGGUCGCCACAGUAGAGAAGGCAGCGGAAUCAGCACGCGCGGAUCAUCUCACUCUCGGCAAAACUCUGCUGACAAAUCCAAUAUCCAUCACUCACGGCAGAAUAGCCGAGAACUCCUAGCAAGCACCCCAGCACUAAGUCCUAGUCAGCUCUCUACAAAACUCGACCGUCACAUUGAAUCCAAGCUACCAUCCACCAACGAACGAAGUGGCCCCAACAAAAAUAUAGAAAUUUAUGCCACUUUACCUAAAAGCAAAAAAGGACUGCUUUCACGUAGUAGCAGUAACGGCAGCACGAAUAAAUCCGGCCACAUAAUGGAAGACGAAGAAUAUGUAUACGACCGGCCAGGAAGAAGUCUCUACUCAAGUAGGUCAAAGAGUGGGAAAAAAGAAAUGGAGAAACGAGCGCGAAGCGAGGAGAGAAAUAGCAAAAAGCAACAAGAGUUUGUAUCAAAUUCAUUGCCAAAAGAAAAAGACUCAAAAGCAAAGAAGGCAGAGAAGAAGGCUGAGGCGAAAGCGAAACAAGAAGAGACUAAAGAAGCAGGGAAAAAGCAGCAUAAGAUCAGGCGCAAACUUUUGAUGGGUGGACUGAUCAAGCGAAAAAAUAGGAGCAUGCCAGAUUUGCGCGAUGAUGAAAUCGCGGCAAAAGAACCAAGUGCCAUAUCGACUGGAUCCCUUAAAAUCAUGGCUAAGGAUGAUUCUGUCGUUGGAAAACACUCCAAGCUGGAUAAAGACUCCAGCAGUGGUCUAAGUGACUACCUAUCUGAGGGACAUCUAGAGUACUCAGCAAAUCCGAAUUUAGAGAGAAGUAAGUUAAUGAGAAAAAGUUUCCACAGUAGUAAACUUAUUCAUUUUGCAAAAGUACCACCGCCCCCUCCCUUGAGGACCACCUCGCAACUCAGUAAAACAGAUCAACCGCAGUACCCGUUACCAAAUAAUCAAAACCACCUGAAAGAACAUAAGAACUGGAAUAAUGAACCUUUAUCGUUACCUUUCAUGACACAUUACGGGGAGAAACCUAAAACUGACUCCAUCACGUAUGCCAAUGGUGGAAUCUUGCUGCACAACUACCCCCAAACAAAUACGUUAGUGACGAAGGCGCUCGUUCAUCAAGAGCAGCACACAUCCCCAGUUAAAACUCCUGAUAUUGAUGUAGUUGAUGGUAUGAUUGUAAAUAAGGUAGAAGAUGUCGCCACUGCAUUUCCAUUACCUCCAUAUCCGAGUCCGCUAGUAUCUGCGACUCACUCUAGACAAGCAAGUGAGGAAUUCCCUCCACCUCCUCCAUCUGUCGUACCGUUGGCUGAGGACAAUGGUGGGUUUGACGAGCCAGAAAGUAGCUUGUUAUUGGAGCUGCGCCAAAAAAGACAGCAGAUUUUAACUGAGUCUGUGGAGAGGGAUGUAACAGAGGCGGUUGCUAUUACAAAAUCGCUUGGAGGUGGUGAUACGUGGCUGAAGGAGUUGCAGGCCAAACAGGCUGCGUUAAGGGGUAAGACUUUGCUGAAGAACAGUCCUGUGAUAACAAAUUUGAAUGACGCUACAUCAAGGCUACCCACACAGACGGAUGUCAGCACAAUCAAAGCAGCAUCGCCAGUUCAGCAACCAGCAGUCGAUGAACAGUGUUCUUUAGUCAAAGAUUUGAAAUCAAAAUUUGAACAAAUUAAAAUACCAAGGACAGAUUCAGAGCCCAUUAGAAGUGUCUCCAGCCCUUGCGAAUCACCAGCAACGUUGGGACAAAAUCCUGGACCAAGUCCUAAUUUCGAGCAAAUUGAAAAGGCUCCUUACCCCACAAAAAGUAUCAUAGAUCUGGACCCAAAGCGGAGGUCUGGUAAAAAGAAAAACGUCACGUUUUGUGAACAAGUUGUUCUCGUUGCAACGGCUGAUGAUGACGAAGUUGACAGUUUUAUCCCUAAUCCAAUCCUUGAGCGUGUUUUGCGCUCUGUUCUCCACAAAGACUCUCCUGCUAUUGAUGUCAGCAGAGAUGUCAAAUCUGUUGUGCCAUUGAAAAGGACAGAUUCUUGUAACAAAUAUGAGCAAAGUUUGUCCCUCCGCAAUUCAAGUUCUACGAAUAUCGAUGAUCAGCCCUCAACGCAAUCGAACGAUGAAACACCAAGUCAGCCCUUAACAAAAGCUGUCAGUGAUCAAAUUGCAAAUGCAAAUGCACAGAGUCAAAAUCCAUCUCCUGUUGCAUCGCAAAUUGUGAGUCAUUCUUCUGUGUACCAGCAUGCAACUAAAGUACAACAUUCACCUCUGUUCAAUCGCCCUAUGACUGCCAAUGCGUACCAACAAGUGCCUGUAAGUAAUUCUCAGAGAGUGAGCCAACCUUUGCCAUCGCCCUCAUAUCAGUCAAAUCAACCAGCUGCCAGUGCUCAUGCGUAUCAGGCGAACGAGACGCCGUCUCCACAAUACACGCAUUCACAAGUGUCACAGCAGCAUAGAGCCAGUACUCAACCUACGACACAUCAACACUCUAGUCAGUACUCACAUCAACUAAAUUCCCACUCUCAUCCGAUUCAAUAUUCAUCACAUCAACAAGCUCAGUCACAAGUUUCGAACCAACAGUCCCCUCAAACUCAAACUAAUCACCACCAACAUCAUCCGCAAUCACCCUCUACAAGCCAGUACUCCCCAUCGCAUCCAUCUCAUCCUCAUUCUUCAUCACAAUCGCCUUACCAACAUGUCCCUGCUCCGGCACAACAAAAUUCGUCUCCCCACUUACCCCCGACUGGGCCUCCCCUUACAUCACCCUAUCAACCCAUUCCCUCAUCACCCCACCACUCUCAAUCUCACCCACCGACCUCACCUUACCAGCAAGUGCCAUCGCAGCAUUCUCCGUCCCCUCACCUAUCGCAAAGUCCCUCGCAUCUAUCGCAAUCCCCCUACCAACAGGUACCUAACUUACAAUCAAACAAUCCAUACCAGAAGCAUGGUCCAAACAACGCUCAGCAUUCAUCUUCAUACCAUGGCUCGCACCACUCAAGUCCUCAGACUAACAUGCCCAAUCAACAAUUAUCGAACUCUAAUCAUUAUGAUCAGCAUGUGAAUAGCCACUCUCCGUACCAGCAAGUGCCCUAUGCUAACGGCAGUUCAAGUGAAACGCACUCACAUCCUUCAAGUAUGUCUCAUUCGACAUCUUAUCAAUCUCUGCCCUCUCAAAGCUCGAGUAACCACUCAAAUCAAUCCUCAAUUUCUAGCUCAGUCUAUCAGCACGUUCCUCAUCCUCAGCAAUCGAGUCCAUCGUAUCAUUCGACAAACGGUAACCAACAAUUCCAUAGUAAUGAGCGCCCUAAUAGCUCGCCAUACCAACACAUACCGCAGUCAUCCCCAGCAUCGCAACAGUAUCAGAAGAGCACCCUAGGUAUGAGCCCUAGUGCUUAUCAAAGUGUUCCCUCCCACUCACCCUCACAAAGUAGUGAUCAAGGACAGUCGAAUCAUUUACCGAACCACAAUCCUCACGCUUCUAUGAACGGCCAUCAACAUUCCAAUCCUGGCCGUCCGUACGAUCCAAGGACAAACAACUUCUCACAAUCCUCCGGUAAUCUGGCACACCCUGAUAUCCGAGGCCAGAGUGACAGAUUUUCGACACACCACGGCCAAGCAGCAAUUCACUCAAGUUACCAACAGAACUCGCUGAAAAUGCAAAGCAGGCAUCAGCCCAUCGCACGCACUACAAUAGCGCCCCCGAGUCAACAAAUGUUGUCACGGAAUCAGCGAGUCCAAGGCAUUUACCAGCAAGAUCCCCCAGAGUAUCAGCACCCUCCAUCCCCUAGAAUCAGCAUUCCGAAUGGUAACCAUAUCCCUAAUGGAAAUCAUAUUCCGAAUGGUCAUGUACCCAAUAGUAACCAUCUUCCUAAUGGAAACCAUCUACCUAAUGGGGCACAUAUCCCUAAUGGCCAUAUUCCCAAUGGGGGCCACAUGGGUAAAGAUGGUGAUACACAGAGUGAGGUUUACCAGCGAAUUCCACUCAAUGCACAGGCGCAAAUGAAACAGAGGCAACUGAUCGAUCAUCACAAUAGCGUAAACCAACAGUUGUCGUAUGGUCCAGGAAAAUAUCCUGUACCACAACAUGUACCCAACACGACUAAGGUCAUUGAAAAUGGGACAGUAAAAGGCAGUCCUCAAGGUCUUGCACAUUUGCGGACAAUUCAGUGUAAUUUGUGCCGCAAGAAAGAUAUUAUCCCACCAGCUGUUUACUGUGCAGACUGUGACUUUUAUAUGUCCCGUUUCAAACCUAAAGCGUAAUAUCUGUGAUGAAAUCAGUUGACUGUGUUCUUUUUAGGCUUAAGUUCAUUCGCGGCUGUGUUAUUGAUGUAGGUAUUUUAGUAAGCUGUUUUCUGUGAUAUUUUGGGUACUUAGUUUUGUUGAAUUUGUUUGUAUGUUUUAUUGUUUUUAAACAUUCUUUAGAUCUCAAGAUUGAUUCUUGCUCUUUAUGUUUUUACAAUUGUUUUAGGUACAGGUGGUCUUGUAUCUUAAUUUUUCUCUCUUUGUUCUCAAUGACUGCCGGUAGUUAUUAUCUCGAACCAUGGAGUUUAUCAUGUAUUGCUUCUUGCAAUUUAAGUUACGACUCCAUUCUAAAGGGAAGGUGUCAUAAUAAUUCUUUGAAAUGAGUAUUUUUUCUUUUACCUAUUUUCUUUUCACCUUUUUGAAGUGUAAUUGUUUAUAAGAUACUCUAACUUUUCCAAUGUUCAGUUUAUUCUCUUUUUUUCUUUUAAAAUUCAGAUUUUAAUUUUAAGAGAGAUGGCUGUGUUUAAGUUAGUUAUGUUUAAGUUCUUGCUCUUUCAAUGAAUCUAAAAAUACUCUUUACUAUUGUAAUAUUGAUCUAUUCUCUUUGUGUAAAUUUAUACCGAUUUGUUCAAUAUGUUUAGUUUUAGACACCAAUGUGACUUGGAAGAUAAUUUAGGAAUCACUGGAUUCCAAAAAUACUUAUAAUUUUUUUUCUGAUCUUAGUGUUUUACAUAAUAAUUUUGGAAGCAUGUCCCAUUUUUUGUAUAGAAACAAAAUUUUAUGAUGUAAUUUUGAAUUGAAGGUUUUUUUAUAAGUUUUUAAUUGACAAGCAAUGAAAAAAAGUUCAAAAUACGCUAAAAUAAUUUUAAAACUGCUUCGUUGUGGGCAGAUGCAGGUCCUCAUCUAUUAUCUUUUUGAAAAUUUGUACCUAGCUAUAUACGUACUGAAGACGUACUAAAGUUCAAAUUUUUUUUAAACAUUUUGUCCAGAUUUUUACUUUGUGUGAGACGAUCUCAGUUGAGUAUUAUGAGAGGAUUUAUUUCAAUGGAAUUGUUAUGAAUGGUUGUUGAUCAUAUUUUUAAUAACUUUUAUUUUUGUAAAAAAGAAUGUUUUGUAAAUCAACUUUCCAAAUAAAUACUGUACAAAUUAGUUGUAAGGAAUAGAAAUAAUAAUAUAUUUGAAUCAAAUGAA